GCACAAGUGACUGGACUUCAUCACAACGCCAUUUCAAGCCGCAGCACUCUCUCGGUGUCCUCUCAAUCAUGCAACGUGACGAUCGCCACAAGAACUUCAAGAAGGGUAUUGACACCGAUGAUGCUCGUCGGCGCCGUGAAGAGCUCACGCUCAACAUCCGCAAGACCAAAAAGGACGAGCAAGUGAAUCGCCGACGCCGCAUGGUCGGGGGGUCUGCCCCCGUCGACUUCGAAGGCAUGAGCGGCGACUUCCAGUCGUCGGACAGCGCCGCCUCGGCCAGCUCCAAUGCACAAGCUUACCUGUCCCAACUCCCGGAAAUGGUCAGCGAAUUGAACUCCCAGGACAUUGAAAUCCAACUGGCGGCCGUCACCAAGUUCCGCAAACUUCUGUCCAUUGAAAACAACCCCCCCAUCCAAGAAGUGAUCAACCUCUCCGUCGUGCCGGUGUUCACGACGUUCCUCAAGGCGGACAACCACCCGAAGCUCCAAUUCGAAGCGGCGUGGGCGUUGACCAACAUUGCGUCUGGCACGUCGGACCACACGCGCAUUGUGAUUCAAAACGGCGCCGUGCCGCUCUUUGUGCGCCUGCUCAUGUCCCCAAACGACGAAGUCCGCGAACAAGCGGUAUGGGCAUUGGGCAACAUCUCGGGUGACUCCCCCGCGUGCCGCGACCUCGUCUUGGAAGCCGGCGCGGUGCUGCCUCUGCUGCACCAGCUCUCGGAACGCGCUAGUCCGUCCAUGCUUCGCAACGCCACGUGGACAUUGAGCAACUUUUGCCGCGGCAAGCCCCAGCCGCGCUUCGACCUGGUUCGCCCGGCGCUCACAACAUUGGCGCGUCUGAUUUACAACCAAGACCAGGACGUGCUCACGGACGCAUGCUGGGCGCUGUCAUACCUGUCGGACGGCCCGAACGAAAAGAUCCAGGCGGUGAUCGAGGCCGGCGUCGUCCCGCGCUUGAUUGAGCUGCUCCUGCACACCAACUCGUCGGUGCAGACGCCGGCUCUGCGCACGAUCGGCAACAUUGUGACGGGGGACGACCUGCAGACCCAGUUUGUCAUCAACGAAGGCGCGCUUACGCGGCUGUUGCCGCUGCUGCAAAGCCCCAAGAAGGGCAUCCGGAAGGAAGCAUGCUGGACUGUGAGCAACAUCACGGCCGGCAGCGCCGAACAGAUUCAGGCGGUGAUCAACGCCAACAUCUUGCCGCCGCUCAUCCAGUUGCUGGCCACGGGCGAGUUUGAAGUGCGCAAAGAAGCGUCGUGGGCCAUCUCGAACGCAUCGUCGGGCGGGACGCGCGAACAGUUGCACUACAUGCUGCAGCAAGGCUGCGUACCCCCUCUGGUGCAGCUGCUCGAGUCGACGGACUCGAAGAUCAUUUGCGUGUGUCUGGACGCGCUUGAAAACUUUUUGCGCAUGGGAUCGGACGAGCAGGAAGAGCACUUGACGGACGACAACAAGGUGGCGAUGCUCGUGGAGGAGUAUGACGGCGUCAACAAGAUUCAGCAGCUGCAGUACCACGAAGCCAUGGAGGUGUACCGAAAAUCGCUGUCGAUCAUUGAAACGUACUAUGGCGGCGAAGACGAGGAAGAAGGCGACUUGCUGCCGACGGAAGACCCCGCGGCGCAGCAGUUUACGUUUGGGACGGGCAGCGGUACGAUGUUCAACUUUCAAGGCCAGCAGCACUAAAAAACACUGUACGGCCUCACGCCACCACUCCCGUCGUCGUUUUGAUUGGGCUCGUGGCUGCUCCUGCACCACAACCAACCCGACUCUAACCCUCAUCCGCAAUCUAGAUUAUUUUCAGUAGCUAGCUAGCUGUAUGUAGCAGCACUUCACAUGUGUAUUUCAAUGAAAGUAGUGCGCAUGAUUCUAUUGUUGUAAUCCCACGACAGGACAGUGCUGUUGCAGUUCAAACAGCACCAUGCAUAACGUUAAUUAAUGUUAAAAACGUA